AUGCUUAGUAUGCAUUCCGUAUUUCUAAGAUCGCCUCUUCCUAUAGUACGCAAGGUCUUAGUAGUAGAAACACCAUGUCUUUGUGCAGAUAAACCUGACCUUUCGUUGAUCCAACGUCUUCCAGAUGAUGUUUUGAAUCUAAUAUUCAUUAAUGUUAUUCAAAACGAGCAUGCUAUUUUUCCUCUUAAAACGCUUUCCUUAGUAUGCAAGCGGUGGAACGCGUUAUGUCAGCAUUCAUUGAUUUGGGAAGUGGUCGUGAAAAAAAUAUUUGUGGUUUACCCGCUGGUGAUGUUUCUCGAAUAUGAUGUGCCCUUCGACGAGCCAAGCCGUGGGAUUUUGGCUGACACCAAACUGUUAGGGGAUUCUAAAAAUUCUAUUUCCCAGAGUGAGGCUGUCGAGGAACGGCGGGCUCCCACAAAAGAACUCCUCCAGAAGGCCAUGACGGCCGUUCAAGAAUAUAGCAAACGCCAACAAUAUUAUAAAUACGUUCAGCGAUGCCGCGGUUUCGUUCUUCACCUUUUUAUUUCCGCCUCUUUACUUUCCAUCUGUUGUGCGAUUAUUUCUGCGAUGUGUGCGGCGGAAGACGUUUCAUCCUGUUCGAUCUGCACGAGCCAAGCCUCUUUCUCCUUUCUUUGGGUUUCCUAUGUUUGUAUUAUUGCACUGAUUAUAUCGAAUAUUGUGAUGCUAACGCAUUUUGAACCGCUUCCACUAUUUUCUAGAAUCCGUCGCAAUAAACUUCUGAUUACGACAUCGUCCACCGUUAUUAUAAUAGUGAUUUUUGAUAUCAUUAUACCCACUUUUCUUAUUCAAAUGAACUUGCUGCGUAACCAACGUUUUCCAUGGCUUUGGUGUGGGGCGACAAUUAUCUUUAGUUUUUGUGUUUGGCAAGGGUACGCGUUGAGAUGCAUUAUGCCAGACGCCCGAGAGCAUUUAUAUCAUCAGCUGGAGUCUCUAAAUAUCAGAGAUGGCUUUCAUUUUCUACUGCUAAACAUCCCAAACGCAUUUCCUUUGCUGUUCGCUUCUGCAGCUUUUUGUGCACUGCAAUAUGUUCAAUAUGGUAGCCGACUUUACGUCCUUCUCGGUGGGAUUCCCGUUAUCGUCAGCUUGUUCAUUAUUAUGUUAGUUUUCUUGCUGGAUUACCUUUGGUUUUACCGCUGGAAAGAUCUUUCCAUUGCGAUAUGUCUCUUUAGUGGGAUAUUUUUCCCGCUUUCCUUGUUGGUGUGGGACUUUCGUGGUUGGAGUCUCAUCCCUUUGGCAAUUUCCACCUUUGGGGUGUUUUUAUCUCAUUUUUUUUUUGUCGUCAUUCGUGUUUUCCGCGAGCUUAAGAAUGUAUAA